UAACAUUUAUUGGCGGUUUAAAAGCAAAAUAUGGACGCCGAUUUUGAUAUAGACGAACCUAGAACUCGGCCCAAAAAAGGCAGAAGGGCUCGGGGGAGCCCACAAGAUCAAGCUGUUAAACAAGAGUCUCAACAGUCACCCAUGGUGACCGAAAAACCGUCACGAAAAUCUUCUGCCGCACGCCCCUCUCGGCGGCAGACGGGAUGGGACACCAGUGCUCCUUCUGAGGACAUUUUGGACUCCAGGCUCCUCCAAACAGGAGCAGAGAGUCCGGAAGCAGAAGAGGAUGACCUCCAAGCGAUUCCGGAUUUAGACGAAAUUCAAGACGAUGACAUGGAAAAUGAAAUCGCUGCUCCGCCAUCUGCGAAUUUUGCCGCAAUGGCUACAUACAAAGAAUUGGAUAACGACCUUAUGAAUCGAUCAGCAUUUCGAAUUCUAGAUGGCAUAGACCUAAAACUGCUGACUAAGCAUUUAUCUGCUGAAAACGAGGUCAAAAUUGAAAAGGAUACAGUUUGGGAAUGGGAAAAAAUCUUCGCGGACGUCUCUUCUUCGUUAAAAGGGAAAAAAAUCAACAAAGAACCGUCUGUGUCGGAGCAAGGGGACAGAAUUGUAUGAUUUAUAAAUGGGAUUGGGCAAAAUGAUCCAAUUUUGUUUGAAAACUGAUUUUUUUAUUUUUAAAAAGGAUUGGGGAAAAUGGUCCAAUUUUGUUUUAAAACUUAAAUUUCUGAAUUUUUGCCCAAUUUUGUAAUAAAUCUGUUAUGUAAGUACAUUAUUUAAACCUAGUUGCAACAUUAAUAGUAUUCCGAUAUUUCUGCUAAUACAAAGUAAUAAAAAAACUGGAAUUAAAAUAAGUUCUGGUUUAUAAAAUGUUAAUUGUAUUCUGUUAUUUCUGCUAUAGAAUUGGGAUUAAUUUUCCACAGUGCAAAAAUAUCUAUUCUAUUAGUAAUACAAAGCCCUAAAUUAAAACCAGUUCUGGUAUAUAUUAGUGUGGGGAAGAUGGGACAGCUUUUCAUUGACAGAAAAGGACUUUAUUAUUAAAGUUUUGGGGUAACUUGUGCAGUGUACAGGGAAGUAUUCUUGUUUUAUGAAAUAUGUAAAAUAUAUGUUGAUUUCUUUAAAUUUGGCCCGUUUCUCCUGUUUAUAAUAUGUUGCUUUUAUGUGUUACAUAAAGCUGCGAUUAAAUAUAUAAAGUUUUAUAAAAGAAAAUUUUGUGUUAUUUACAUAUAUGUAUAUAUAUUGUUGUAAUGUGGUAUUUAGCGUAAAUGGGACAAAAUAUAUUUCAGUUACUCGUU